GCAGAGGCCGUCGGUGGCGGCAGCGGGGCGUGAGGGGCUGCGCUGCUUCGCGUCAUGGCAUUGGAUCUGGACGAGUGGUUGCGACGGAGCAAAACCCGCUUCCAGACGUCUAUCCUCGGCAUCUUGGAACGGUAUAAUUAUCCUUUUGAGGAUGACUUCGUUGUUUCCAUGGAAACCCUCACUUAUGACACACCUGAUGGACCAAAGCAAUGGGGAGAUCUAUCAGUCAAGGAGCUUAGAAAACUAUUGAAGCAUCAUGUAAGAAGUCAAAGGACUGCAGAUCAAACUGCAAGUGAAGAAAGUGAUGCUGAGAUAGUGUCAGUGAGAAGAAGAUUUGAAGACAUUCACUUCCAGAAUCUGGAUGUAGAUGAUGUGAAAAUGCAAGAGAAAGUACAGGUUCAAGUAGAUGUGAUAGUACAAGAUAAUGAAAGAAAAAUUCCCAAAUGGAUUAUGGUAGAGCCUUCAUCAAGUCAUUUCACUUCACCAGUACGAGAACUGAAAGGCAACCAAAGCAAUGUUUGCAGAAAGAAAGUAGAAUUGGCAAAUGAAUGUUCUUUUUCCAGCCCCUACCAGUUACAAUUUUCUGGCGUUCCUAUGUUACCAGAUACAAUAACUGUACCCAGGCAUCAAUCUUGUCAAGAAAUGAGUGAAACUUGCUAUAAUAGUAUAUUGGAAGAAUAUCAGUCUGCAGAUGAAAGUUGUUCCUGGAGUAAUGUAACACUUGCAGACUUGUAUCCUAAAAUGGUAGAGGUGCUGACAAAGCUUAUUACAAGGGAAACUCGGAAAAAAACAUUUAAAUACAUGUUUGGACACUAUAGGAACAAAAGAGGGCAUGCUAGAAGACCAAAGCUCAGUAUCACUGUAGAAAAAAUAAGAAAAUUCAGACCACUCAAAUUGAAGAAAGCACUACCCAGCAUAUGCAGCAGUAGUACAGACAUCCAGAAUCAAACUUUCGGAACUAAACUAAAUCAGAAUAGCGGACCUUGUGAUGAUCAGUGUUUUAUUAAUAACUCAUCUGGUCUGGUACCAUUUUCAGACAGUGACACAAACGACAUGGAAAUGGACUGCUCUGAUUCAAGUUUAGAUUAUCAUUUGGUAUUUGGAAAGGACCAAAAACUUUCUGAACGGAAUGCUAAUGCUUUGGCUAGAAUGGGAAAGACUUUUCUAGCAGAAGAUCAAUUACAGACUACUGUCUCGUUGUACAGUUCAAAAUAUAGCAAAAGUGGAAACUUGAGAAACUUGACUUACAAACAUUCUUUGGAACCACCGUUCAGAACAUCUUCUGCCAGUUCAGGAUUGGUGGCACUUCAUCUGGCAAAAGAAAGUAAAGCUCAAAAAAAUGACUUUCUUUCUGACGAUACAUCAGGUUUUUGCUCAUCUACUUGUAGUAUUGUUAAGAACAGUAAUACUUUUACACCCACCAAAGACUAUUAUCUUGCAUCAGAUACAUUGCUCAUAAAUCCUGAAAUAAAAAUUUCUGAGAGGCAGAAUUCUUUGCAACGCAGACACUCAUUUUCCUCAUUGUCUAUGAAGCAGAGUCCUUCAGAGACACCCCAAAAAUACGAAGAUGCCUUUGAGAAACUCUACUACAAACUGCUUUCCAGAGGAAGCCAAAAGCCUUUGACAUUGACAAGACCACUUUCAAACUCACAGAAGCUUGAAGAGAAAGGAGGAAUAAUGAAGAAUACAUUCAGUGAUUCUGUGAGAUCCAAUAUACAGUAUAACAUCGCAUUUGAGAAGAUUUAUCAGCAGUUGUCUAGUGAGGUGGUUCCAAAAAUUCCUGGUUUCCAAAGAGCUUCAAAUUUAAGGAAAUAUGAAGGAAUACAGAUGUCAGAAACUGUAAAUGCUCUUGUUAACUCACCUGUUCGAUCUUUAUAUGCAAUUCCCAGAGUUAAGAGACUAGGAAAUUUUCAAAAUGAUCUUCUUUCUUCACCAGUAAAGCGACUGAAAAAUAUGCCUGAACGUUUUUUUUCAACAAAAUGUCAGCAGAUUUCUCACAAGAAAUAUGGUGAUCUUCAGACAGUUGGCAUGGAUUCUGCUAGGCUACACAAUGGCAGUAAUACCAGAUUUUUUAACAGUCACAACUGUCAUCAUCAGGACUCUGGGUUUCACGCUUCUCCAGAUAAAACUUUUCUUGUUAUUCCCGAUGUUUCAUUGAAAGAAUUGGAGAAUACAGAUGUCCACUCUAGUUGGCCUAGGACAAUGCCACAUUACAGUAGCCCUGGAAAUGCACUGAAAUGCCCCCAAAAGGUAUCCAGAAAACUAAGCUACACAGAUGGGAAGGACCGAAAUCGUAGCAAUCCCUUAGACAACAUCCUGAUCAAAACUCACCAAGGAGCCUUUGUGGCAUACAGAGAAAAUAACGUUUUAUAGUUUUUAUUUGUGGUCUGUUUGUUCUCAAAAAUCACAAAUGUAUUAAUACCACUUAAGUAUUUUAAGGAAGAGAUCCUUAGUAGAUAGGAACGUUACUGUAAUACACAAUUAAUGCUGAUUUAUUCUUCCCUGUAACAUUAAUCUUCAGGAACUAACCCAGCGUUCUUCAUACAGUGCCCUUCAUGAUUGUAGGGCUUCAUCAGGUGUUGCUAGGAACCAGGUUUCCUUUGUAUAAAUUUAUUUGAAUUUUAUAUUUAGCAGUAUUUUUAAUAUUAGAAUGUGAUUUUUGUUAUCUUUUUAUCUGCUGAUAAACUUUUAUGAUUCAAUUUUGAUUUUAAUCUUGAUUCUUAAUCUACUAGUACUAAGACCGUAACAAACUCAGUGUCUGCUGAAUUCUGCUCCAUCCCUGUUGUACAAACAUGUCAAUACAAAAUACCUGAAAUAAACUAGGUUGUUAUGUUCUUCUCUGUCCUAUCAAAAUUCUACCUGACAUACCGUAUAUUCUCAAUAAAUACAUGUCCUGAAGAAAUACCUGCUUGCAGUGGAAAUGCUGAGUUGUGGCUUGAAAAAGUAAUGGAGAACCUGGAAAGAAGGCAGGGCAAAGACAGGGAAGCUCAGGUGCAUGCAGUGCACCCAUGUAAGCAGAAGGGGGUGGAUCCUGGUUCCACCCCUUCCCAGACCUCUUUUAGGGAUUGGCAGUGGAGGAAAGGUUGUCCUACCUGGAGAUCCUUGUGUCCCUGAGGCCUUCUGAAGUCACCUCCUAUUUCUGUUGGUACUUCACUGGAAGAUUCUCCAACAGCCUGGACAAGUUUCUACCCAUUGUGGCAUUGUUCACCAUUUUAAAGCUGUUCGUUAUACAAGGAUUGCUCUGAAAAAAAAUGCCUCCUAUUUUUUCUUGGUCCACAAUGUCAAAGGCAACUGUCAGCAGUAGAGGUGGAACCUUCCCGCCAACAUUGCCUUACAUGUUGUUGGUGUGCGACAGAUGGCAGCAGAGGGGCAGUCUGACAAAAUAGCAUCUGACAUGGAAGUGUGGAAGAAGCAAAGGUGUGCCACUGAAUUCCUCCAUACAGGAAAAUAUUGUACCCCUUGACAUUCAGUAAUGCUUGCUGAAUGUUUCUGGAGACCAAACAGUGGAUAUGAGUACAGUGAAGAGGUGGGUGGUGUGUUUCAGCAGUGGUGACAGUGAGUCACUUCCACUGGCACAGGAAUUUAUGAGUGCAUCAUGCAGGCAUUUAUUCAUCUCUGGCAAAAAUGUACAGCUAAUGGUGGUCAGUACAUGGAAAAAGGCUGUUUUGUUGCUGAGGAUUUUCUCUAUGAAGUGGUGUUAUUGUGCUCUUUGUAUCUGCUGUAGUUUCCAUGGAAAUAAAUAGGAAGCAUGACUUUCAGAGCAACCUUUAUAUGUUCCCUAGUGAUAAAAUGUGCAAUAUAGA